AUGUCGGACAUCUCGGUGCAGUUGACCGCCCCCAACGGGCGCAGCUACACCCAGCCCAUUGGCCUCUUCAUCAACAAUGAGUUUGUCGCUGCCAAGUCGGGCGAGAAGUUCGCUACCGUGAACCCUUCUGAUGAGUCCGAGAUCACCUCGGUGUACGCCGCCGGCGAGGAGGAUAUCGAUAUCGCCGUCAAGGCUGCCCGCAAGGCCUUGAAGGAUCCUUCUUGGAAGCAGCUGCCUGCUACUGACCGUGGGGUUCUGAUGCUCAAGCUGGCCGACUUGAUUGAGCAACAUAAGGAGACUUUGGCCACCAUUGAAACUUGGGACAACGGCAAGCCAUACCAGGUCUCUUUGAACGACGAUCUCGGCGAGGUCACCAACACUCUUCGCUACUUUGCCGGCUGGGCCGACAAGGUGUUUGGCCAGACCAUCGGCACCACCCCGGCCAAGUUCGCCUACACCCUCCGCCAGCCCAUUGGCGUUGUUGGCCAGAUUAUUCCUUGGAACUUCCCUCUUGCUAUGGCAGCCUGGAAGCUGGGUCCCGCUCUUGCCUGCGGUAACACUAUCGUCCUGAAGCCUGCCGAGCAGACCCCUCUUAGUAUUCUUUACCUGGCAGGUCUUAUCAAGGAGGCUGGAUUCCCUCCUGGUGUGAUCAACGUUGUCAACGGCCAUGGUCGCGUUGCUGGUGGUGCCCUAGUGAACCACCCCGAUGUUGACAAGGUCGCCUUUACUGGUUCUACCAUCACCGGCCGUGAGAUCAUGAAAAUGGCCGCCAGCACUCUUAAGAAUGUGACCCUCGAGACCGGUGGCAAGUCUCCACUUGUUGUGUUCGAGGACGCAGACCUCGAGCAGGCCGCCAAGUGGGCACACAUUGGUAUCAUGUACAACCAGGGUCAGGUCUGUACCGCCACUUCACGUAUUCUCGUCCACGACUCUGUGUAUGACAAGUUCGUCGAGCUCUUCAAGGAGGUCGUCCGAACCACUAGCAAGGUUGGCGAUCCCUUCGCCGACGACACUUUCCAGGGCCCUCAGGUCACCAAGGCCCAAUACGAACGUAUCCUCUCCUACAUUGAGGCCGGUAAGUCCGAGGGCGCAACCCUCGCGUCUGGAGGCGUGCCGCACAAGAACGUCGGUGACGGCCGUGGCUUCUUCAUCGAGCCUACCAUCUUCACCAAUGUGAAGGAUAACAUGCGUAUCUACCGCGAGGAGGUUUUCGGUCCUUUCGUUGCUAUCGCCAGCUUCACCACUGAAGAGGAGGCUGUCACCCGUGCCAACGAUACCACCUACGGACUCGGUGCCGCUCUCUUCACUCGUGACAUUGAGCGCGCACACCGCGUCGCCUCAGAUAUCGAGGCCGGUAUGGUCUGGAUCAACAGCAGCAACGACAGUGAUUUCCGUGUACCAUUCGGUGGUGUCAAGCAGAGUGGAAUUGGCCGCGAGCUUGGUGAAGCUGGCUUGGAUGCCUACUCACAGAUCAAGGCCGUUCACGUGAACAUGGGCACUAAGCUUUAA